AUGGCAAGGCAUGUGUUCAAUCGUAUCCGAGAGGGAGUGGUUGCUCAUGACCCAUACUUCGAGUGCAAGACGGAUGCCCUUGGCAAGCUUGGAUUCUCCUCUUACCAGAAAUGCACCGCGGCCAUCCGCAUGCUUGCAUAUGGAAUUUCAGGCGAUCUGGUGGAUGAGUAUGCUGUGAUCGAGGUGUUUGGCCCAGAGUACUUGAGGCAGCCAACUGCCGCUGAUACAGAGAGAUUGUUGGCGACCAACGCAGCUAGAGGCUUUCCAGGCAUGCUAGGCAGCAUAGAUUGUAUGCACUGGGAGUGGAAGAACUGUCCAUUUGCUUGGCAGGGCCAGUACAAGGGGCAUGUCAACGCGUGCACUGUCAUAUUAGAAGCGGUGGCUUCGCAGGAUCUUUGGAUAUGGCAUUCUUUCUUCGGCAUGGCAGGUUCUCACAAUGAUAUCAAUGUGCUGCAGCGUUCUCCAGUCUUCGCAAGGCUUGCAGAAGGCCACUCCCCACCUGUCAACUUUGAGAUCAACGGCCACCAGUACAACAAGGGAUACUAUCUAGCUGAUGGUAUAUAUCCUCAGUGGUCAACUUUUGUGAAGACAAUCUUGAAACCCCAAGGUGAGAAGAGAAAGAGAUUUGCCCAAAUGCAAGAGAGUGCUAGAAAGGAUGUGGAACGUGCUUUCGGUGUGCUUCAAUCCCGGUGGGGUAUCGUUCGAAACCCUGCACUGUCAUGGGAUGAAAGGAAGCUUUGGGAGGUGAUUACUGCUUGUGUGAUCAUCCACAACAUGAUCGUCGAGGACGAGCGUGAUGAGAGUAUCUUCGACCAAGGAUUUGAUUAUCAAGGUGAAAAUAUUGAGCCCCUGCACCAAGACCCGGCCACAUUUGAACAAUUUGUGCAAUUCCACCGUGAGAUGCGUGAUUGGCACAGCCAUUUGAAUCUUCAAAAUGACUUGAUUGAGCACGUGUGGGAUCACAUUGGCAACCAAUAG